AAUACAAUAGGUUCAAUUAAGCUAUUUAUCAGUUUAUAACAAAAAACAUCUAUCUCGUCCUCGCAGUUCACACUUUAAAACAAAAUAUACCACCCUCUGAGCAUUAGCCCGACUACCAGCUAACUUCAUGUUAAAAUUGCAAAAUUGUUAUUGUGGUUAGAGCCCGUCAUGGGCGUGUUAUCGCGGUUUUUAAAUUUCCUUAACGCACAAAAACAUGUUAACAAAAGAGUCAUUUUCGCCUCUAUAGUGUGAGAAACAUUUCUUUAAAAAACCUUCUCACACUCUAAAGUUAAAAACGAUUUAACAAAGGAUUUAACAAAUAGACCUUAUUAUAAAAAACUUUUCACACUGAUCCAGAUGUGUAAAACAAAUCAACAAAGGACGUUAAGCCGUUUAAAAGGGGCGGAGGAGUCGGAGGAAAGUAGAUAUUUUCUGAUGUUCUCAUUGCAGCGGAAAGGGCUUCCUUAAAGAUUUUUCUCGCCCUGGACUGGGUCACUUACUGCUAAACGAUCUCUCUUUUAAACGUUUAAAGACUGAUCCAUUUUACCAACAUGUAUACAUAUUAAUUACAUAUGUAAUUAAUAUGACUUUACAAUUUACACCACAGCUAACUUUUGCUAAUGUAGGACGAUGUUCCUUGAUGUCCUAACUAUCAGUUAUAGACAGAGCUUUUUUCAUAUGAACUUUUACACGUACAAUUAUAGUUUCAAUUCUUUAAUCCAACAACUCAUUUUAACCUUUUCACUCUUCAAGGAAUUAAAGAUGAAGAUAAUGUUAGUGAUUGUCAUACUGGUACUAGCUGCAGUGUCAGUGAGAGGUGACAGACCAGUACCCGUAGGUUGUGAGCACAAAGGUGAAACAUACAGGGCUGGUGAGAGAUUCAAGGACGACUGCAACAACUGUGGCUGCACCAGAACUGGAGAAGUAGUCUGCACGAAGAUGAACUGUGAUAAUGACGAAGACAAAGCAACUUGUGAACACAAAGGCAGGGAGUACAAUGCUGGAGAUGCAAUCAGGGACGACUGCAACAUUUGCCACUGCCUCAGAGAUGGAAAUGUAGUCUGCACAUCAAAGGCUUGUGAUCCCACUUGUGAGUACAAAGGUGAGCAAUACGAAGCAGGAGAAAGAUUCAAGGACGACUGCAACAACUGUGGCUGCACCAGAACUGGGGAAGUUAUCUGCACUGAAAAAAACUGUGAUGCCAUGUGCGAGUACAAAGGUAAACAUUACGAAGCUGGAGAUUUUAAAGACGGCUGCAACCUCUGUCACUGUCUCGGAGAUGGCAAAGUUAUUUGCACAGCGGACGGAGACGAUUGUGAUGACGAUACUAUCGUCAUUUGUGAGUACAAAGGUGAGCAAUACGAAGCAGGAGAGAGAUUCCAUGACAAUUGCAACAACUGUGGCUGCACAAGAAGUGGAAAAGUUGUCUGCACAAAAAAGAACUGCGAUGAAGAAACCAAAGACACCUGCGAUUAUAAAGGCGAACAAUACGAGGAAGGAGACAGAUUCAAGGACUACUGUAACCUUUGUAGGUGUCUCAGAGAUGGAGCAGUUGCUUGCACGAAAAAGAUUUGUGAUGAUGACAAAGCUUGGGCAGCUUGUGAAUACAAAGGCAAGGAAUACAACGAGGGAGAGCAAAUCAGGGACGAUUGCAACGUCUGCACCUGUCUCAGAAACGGAGCAGUUGUCUGCACGAAGAAAACAUGUUGAUUUCACCAUCUUCAGAUAUCUGAUUUUAUUUUUUGGCGUAAACAAAUUUGAAUAAAAAUUAUUAGCAUUAAGAAAAUUGUCGUUACUGAUUUUCCCGACAUCACGUGUUAUAUUGUGAAGGUUAGGUAUUUAUUCAGGUUCUAUAACUAUGACCUUUUAACUUCGGUCUACCUCUG